GAGUUGUGUAAGUUGCUUCACCUAGGGAGGACGUGACACUGUCUCCACGCUGUCCGGACUAGUGAGCACCGCGCUCAUCAGCACACUGAACUCCCCCUCCCGCCCCAGCAUACACAAACCGGCCGCAGGGUAAUCUGCCUUCAAAGCUCAACUGGGAGAACCUCCUUGGGAGAAAAAUGGACCACUAGCUGAAAGCGUCAGGGAAAGGAGGAAAAACAGGCAAUUGGCCGAUACGGAUUCAAGGUUUCUGCCGAGAACCCGAGAAGGCCGCCUAGAGGGUGGACAGACAGACGGCAGGGAGGGCCAGCAUGCCCUCACUGCUGCACCCAGCCCUGCCGCUGCUCCUGGGCGCCACGCUGACCUUUCGGGCGCUCCGGCGCGUGCUCUGUCUCCUGCCCCUGCCCGCGCACGUGCGCGCCGACCCACUGCGCACCUGGCGCUGGCACAACCUGCUCGUCUCCUUCGCCCAUUCCAUUGUAUCAGGGAGCUGGGCGCUGCAGUGUAUAUGGCAGACGCCUGAGAUGCUCAUCGAAAUUGAGACAGCAUGGUCGCUUUCUGGCUAUCUGCUCGUUUGUUUCUCUGCAGGCUAUUUCAUCCACGACACCGUGGACAUCGUGGUUAGUCAUCAGGCGCAAGCGUCUUGGGAGUACCUCGUUCAUCAUGUCAUGGCCAUGGGUGCGUUCUUCUCAGGCAUCUUUUGGAGCAGGUUUGUCGGUGGGGGUGUCCUGACACUGCUGGUAGAGGUCAGCAACAUCUUCCUCACCAUCCGCAUGAUGAUGAAGAUCAACAAUGCCCAGCAUCUCCUCCUUUACCAGGUCAACAAGUAUGUCAACUUGGUCAUGUACUUUCUUUUCCGCCUGGCCCCUCAGGCCUACCUCACUCAUUUUUUCCUGCGUUAUGGGGGCCAGAGGACCCUGGGCACCUUUCUGCUGGGUAUCCUGCUCAUGUUGGACGUCAUGAUUCUCAUCUACUUUUCCCGCCUUCUCCGCUCUGACUUCUGCCCUAAGCGUGUUCCCAGCCAGCAACUCAAAGACAAAUUUUUGACUGAAUGAGAGGCAGAGCCUGGGAGGACAAGGACAGCAAACAGCCUCAGACACAAACUGAGAUGAGAGCCCCAAGUCUGGGCCGUCUUCUGGGGCCAGACUCUCCAGCUGUCAAGCUUGCACCCACCAUUGAAAACACUAAUGAAACCA